AAAGAAUGGCAAACUUCUUUGCACUGAAGAACUUCACUACACUCUCAGAUCUGCAUCCAAAUAUGGCCAAUCUGAAAAUAAUCGGUAUAGUUAUUGGGAAAACAGAUGUCAAAGGCUUUCCAGAUAGAAAAAAUAUUGGGUCAGAAAGGUACACUUUCAGUUUCACCAUUCGUGAUUCACCAACACAUUUUGUAAACGCAACAUCCUGGGGCAAUGAAGAUUACAUCAGAUCACUUUCUGCCAGCUUUAGGGUUGGUGAGUGUGUGACAAUUGAAAAUCCCUUGAUCCAAAGAAAGGAAUUAGAAAGAGAAGAAAAAUUCAGCCCUGCAACUCCUAGUGACUGUAAACUAUUGCUCAGUGAAGAUCAUUCAACAGUAAAAGUUUGUUCCAGUUAUGAAGUGGACACCAAGUUACUUUCUUUGAUACACUUACCUGUUAAAGAAUCUCGGGAUUAUUAUUCAUUGGGUGAUAUUGUUGCAAAUGGACACAGCCUUGAUGGGAGAAUUAUUAAUGUACUUGCAGCUGUGAAGUCGGUUGGAGAGCCAAAAUACUUUACAACAUCAGACCGAAGAAAAGGCCAGAGGUGUGAAGUUAAACUCUAUGAUGAGAUGGAGUCUUCUUUUGCAAUGAUAUGUUGGGAUAAUGAAUCCAUUCUACUUGCACAGAGCUGGGUGCCACGAGAAACAGUAAUAUUUGCCUCAGAUGUAAGAAUAAAUUUUGACAAAUUUCGAAACUGCAUGACAGCAACUGUAAUCUCAAAAACCAUUAUUACAACUAAUCCAGAGACACCAGAAGCUAACAUCUUAUUGAAUUUUAUAAGAGGAAACAAAGAAACAAAUCCUCAGGAUGAUGCAAUUGACAGUUAUUUGGAAGAAUCCAUAAAUUUAAAUACAAUAGUUGAUGUCUAUACAGUUAAACAAUUAAAGGCAAAAGCUUUGAAGAAUGAAGGAAAAGAUCCUUUUUAUGGCAUUCUUUAUGCUUACAUUUCUACACUGAACAUUGAUGAUGAAACUACAAAAGUAGUUCGAAAUAGAUGUUCAAGCUGUGGUUACAUUGUAAAUGAAGCUUCCAGCAUUUGUACAACUUGCAACAAAGAUUCUUCGAAGUUUAAAUCCGUUUUUCUCAGCUUUGAUAUGCUAAUUGAUCUUACUGAUCACACAGGUACCCUCCAUUCCUGUAGUCUCACAGGAAAUGUUGCGGAGGAGACUUUGGGCUGCACGGUAAAUGAGUUUCUUGCAAUGACGGAUGAACAGAAAACAGCAUUAAAGUGGCAAUUUCUUUUGGAAAGAAGUAAAAUUUAUUUAAAAGUUUUUUUAUCAGACAGAGCAAGGUGUAGAUUGAGAAUUAGUGUGAUCUCAUGUAAGCUUGCAGAUCCUGUUGAGGCAUGUAGGAACUUGUCUGGACAAGGAAAUAUUUAAAUCAGAUAUCAUUAUAAACUCUGGAAAAGAAUAUGAGUUUUAACUCCCCUUAAUGUGGAUGAUGAGUUGAAAAUUAUGGAUAAAAUGUACUUUGUUCAAAUGUGGUAAAAAUGUUUCUAUAAAUAGUUGUUUCCUCCUGGAGUUGGUUGGGGGUAAAUCUUAAAUAUCUAUCUCACCUGAGCUCAAUUCUUAGCAGGCCAUUUCUACCAGCUUGGCCUUCUCUCUUCCCAAGUUGGAAAAUGUUUGCAUGAGUAAUAAACAAAUUUAAUCUUUCCCUCA